UCUCCUCUCCUCUCUCUCUCUCUCUCUCUUACACACACACACACUCUCGCACACACACGCACACACACACGCACGGAGCAUCCUCCCGUCAGGUCUCCUGGUCCAGCCCCUCCCGCCGUGCCUCCUGCUUCCUGCAAACCUUCGCCUUCUCUCUCCGAACUCCCCCACCCCCACCCCCACAUUCCCUCCGGCUCCAAGACCCCCCUCGCUGACCCCUACCCCUACUCCCGGGAUGGAGCGGAUGGAGCCAGCCCGGAGCCCCCCGAGGCCGGGGUGACUGUCCCCCGCCCCUCUCCCGCCUGGCCCCAGCCCCAAACACCAUGGGCCUGAGGGGUUUCUGAGGCGCCGGACGCUGAAGAUGACAGAUGCUGGAGCUCUCUUGAGUCAUGGCUUCUUCAAAGCUCCGAGAACCUGCGGAUGAGGUUUUCGACCUGGACUUGGCUGUGCCAGAGACCGUCAGACUGGACAGCAGUUUACACAAGGCCCGAGCCCAACUACUGGCCAAGGGCCGGAGACACAGGCCCUCCCGCUCGAGGCUUCGGGACAGUGCCAGCUCUGCAGAGGAUGGUGAAGGCUCCGAUGGGCCCGGAGGCAAGGUGACCGAUGGCUGCGGGAGCCCCCUGCACCGGCUGCGCUCACCUCUGCACUCGGGCCCGGGGUCCCCAGCCGGGAGCUCCUUCUGCCUGGAGCCUCCGGGGUUGCGGCGCAGCCUGGACGAGGACGAGCCGCCGCCCUCGCCGCUCGCACGCUACCGGCCCCUGCACAACGCCGCCUCGCACGAGGGCCUGGCCGCCGCCUCCUGCUCGCCGCCGCGCUCCGCGCCCUCGUCCGACAGCUCGCCCAGCUUCGUGCGCCGCCAUCCCCGCGCCGAGCCGCACAGCGAAGAUGACAGCCGGGAUGCCAGCCCACCUGAGCCCGCCAGCCCUACCAUUGGCCUGGAUAAGAAGACUCGCCGAAAGUUCCUGGACCUGGGGGUCACCUUACGCCGAGCAUCCACUAGCAAGAGCCGGAAGGAGAAGGGCAGCAACCGUCUGUCCAUGGGCAGCAGGGAGUCGGUGGAGGGGUCCGGCAGGUCAGGGGGCUCCCCGUUCCUGCCCUUUUCCUGGUUCACAGACAGUGGCAAGGGGUCGGCGUGUCCUGGCAGCACCACCUCCCCGGCCUGCUCCCCUAAACACGAGCGCUUCAGCCCUAAGAAGUCAGCUUCUCAGGAAUCCACUCUGAGUGAUGACUCCACACCCCCCAGCAGCAGCCCCAAGAUUCCAAGUGGUCCCCGGCAGGCGGCCAAGUGUUCCUACCCCUACCACACACUGUCCCAGUCUUCGGAUGAGUUUCUGGAUGAACCUCUCCCCACCAUCUACCACUGGACCAGUCAGCAGGUGGGCCAGUGGCUGCACAGCCUCAACCUGGAGCAGUAUGCCGCUGAGUUUGCUGCGAGGCAGGUGGAUGGGCCGCAGCUACUGCAGCUGGAUGGAAGCAAACUGAAGAGCCUGGGGCUCAGCAACUCACAUGACCGGGCGCUAGUGAAGCGGAAGUUGAAGGAGCUGGCAGCGGCCGCUGAGAAGGAGCGCAAGGCCCAGGAGAAGGCAGCGCGGCAGCGUGAGAAGCUCCGGCGCAGGGAGCAGGCGGCCAAGAGGAGCUAGGGAGACGGGCGGGCAGGCACCGGCACCUGGCGCGGGCAGCUGCUGGGCUCUGAGGGCACAGGCCGCCCGGGGAAGUGGGGCCUGGGCACCAGGCUUGGGCUGGCCUGGCCCCAUGCUCUCAGGAGGAACAGCCCUCUCACCCUGUCUUCUAUCUGGACCCAGAUUCCUCAGAAAGGGAGACCCCAGGGGGAGGACCCAGUAAUAAAUCCCAUUUCAAGGA